AUGAUUUCGACCCCCUAAAACUAUAAUACAUCAAAACAGAGAAAAAAACAUUGCAAGACAAUUUUGCUGGGGCUAUCGGAAUUACCCCGCGGCAUGAAAAAUGAUCUACAUGUUUAAUAAUUCAAUGCCACCAAACAAAUAAUUAUAAAAGCAAAAUCAAAAGAGGUACUGACACUUUAACACGUAUUCAUCAAAUAUCAGCUUCUAAACAGAAUUUUCCAACAAGUUUUGAACGAUAAAAACGAGUUUCAAAAGUGCACUGUUUUUUGCAGCAAAGGAUUUGGGCAUUCAGAUUUUGAACACUGCACAGACUUGACAAAACAGAGCAGAUGAACCAUCUGAUCAUUAAUGGGUGUAGGUUAGCACUAAAACUACCUACUUUCUUCAUCAUUUGUGCCAAAAUGUGUUUUGCAACAAAGCUAGGGCUUGCUAUCGGAAUUACCCCAUAUCGGAAUUACCCCACUUUACCUUAUACACGAUGCAUUUAAGAUUGAAAAAUCAUUUUCAGAAAUUAUUGCCGUUCAUCAUUUUGUGCUUCAGAUUUGAAUACAUAGGUAAAUAAAAUCUUGAAAUAAGGUUAUUCUUCUUCCAUUUCAACCACAUAACCGGAUGCUCGAUAAUAUCAACGAUUACCAUCAGAAAAUGCAUCAGAUCUGAAUAGUUCCUGAAAUCUUUCAAGCUGCGACAGAUGACGUCAUUAAACAACAAAUCGAAUCACACCUGUGUUUAGGAAUAAUACAGAAAUUCUACUAUCAGCUUAGACGAGCUCUUAACAAUUAGUUAUUGAAAUCAUGAAUCGAAAAAGAUCGAGAGACGAACCUUAUUGGGAGGAUGUAACUACUUUCCAGGAUUUUAUUGCAAUGCUUUCCAAGCGCCAGAAGAUAUCCGUACCUGAGUCAGCAGAAGGAUCUCCAGGAACGAAAAACAUGAAGAAUGACGACGAUGGUGUUAAGUUGAAAGUCGAAAAUAUUUCAGCAGAUAACUUGAAAAUACUAAUUGCCUUUUUAUGGCAUAUUCCCGAAGAAUAUCAUUCUAUUGCUUUUGCAACAGACACAGAUACAGCAGGAAAUUCUGACGAUAUAGUUUUUCGAUACAAAGAACCAGAUGGUAAAUCAGUAUAUAGUUUUUUACAAAUUGAACAUAAGAAGCAUUCAAGCGAGGCAAUCACUGUUGAUGAUUUACUUGGCGAGAUGGACAAACAAUUUAGUCUGAAGAAACAUUUUCAUUCUUUUCGUAAAGCUAUCAGAAAUCCUCUGUAUGAAGGUUACGAAAUGAAAGACUAUGUAAUUUGUACAAAUGCUGAUAUGGUGCUAGAUUUAAAAAGCAAUUUUACAACAAUCAGUGGUACUGAUAAGCUCUUAAGUUUUGGAAUGAGGGUUACAGAUCUUCAGUGCUUGAAACUGAAACUCGAUGGCAUUUCAAAAAAUAGUAAAUUUACGUCUGUACUCAGGAAGACAUCUAAAUGUAAGAGAUUGGCUGAAAAGCUCGCCAAGUAUGUACACAAUAGAAAGGUCAUUAGCUUUAAAAAUAAUCUACUCGAACAUUACCAUCGUGCGAUACGAAAAUAUGUUAUUGAGCCUGAAGAUUCUCGAGAAAGCCAACAGAGGAUUAUAAAGGUCAAAUUCAGGACUGAUUUUCUGAAUGGAAAUUUGCCAGAUCAAGCGAAAAACUUCCGAAAACAUUUUUAUGAAGCGUACAAAGCUAUUUCAAAAGAGCACGUAAGCGAGUGUCAGUUCUGGACAAAUAUGAAAAACGAGAGGCUAAAAAUACCUCAAUUUUAUAGAACGUAUCUAGAACUUGAUGAUGAUCCAAUGCUCACUGAUUAUAGAAAAUUAGCAGAAGAGAUUGCAGAAGAAAUGAGAUUAGCCAGAGACAACGUUGUGAAAAUAGAGAGAAGAACAAAUUUUAUUAAAGACAAUAUUGAUAAACUGGCAGGGUACGUGUUUGUAAAAAGAGAUACUUUGGAGAAAGAUACUUAUUAUUUUAGUUCAAAUUUUGUUCACAGUAAAUGUAAAUUACCAUGUGAUUUAGAAUAUUUUAGAAAUCACUUGAAGGGAGAAGUACUCAGAAAAGAAGUGACAUUCGAAGAAAACAAAUACAAAUUUUAUAUUAGGAAUUUCACUACAUGUCCAGAAGCAGUAGUCUACUCAAAAUCUUAUUUGCCACAUGAUAAUAAUGCCAAUGAUGUUUCUGAAAAAGAAAUCAAUUAUUUUUUUGAAAAAUUGGUAUUUGCAAUUAAUCAACGUGGAUCAACCAACGGAAAAGAAAUAGACAAAUAUUUCAAUUUCUCUCAUAAUAACUCUAGAGCACAUUCCCUCCAUAAAUACAUAUUGGAUUGGUUAAGAGCUAAAAAAGCAUGCUUUCAAGGCCACCUAGAACGCAAACUUUUCACAAAAGAAACCUACAUGAUGAUUUCCAACUUAGUAGUGCAUGAUUCAACGGUAGAAUAUUGCGCUGAGCUGGAAUCUACUGGCAUAGAAUUUACGAACAACAUAUCAGAAAUACACACUUUUUUGAAUUCUAAAGAAAGACAGAUUUUUAACCUUAUCAGUUCACCAAACACUACUCAAUCAAGUUUAAUCAAACUACUGCAAAUUUCAAAAGAAAUUAAAGGGAACAAAUCCGAUGCCAGCAUUGCUACACGACUGAGUGCACUUAGAGUAAUGCAAACAUUGAAAAAUAUACCAGCAUACCAGUCCGAGGGUAGUUUCAUUUUCAUGCAUACGCGCUCAAUUUUGCCUGUAUAUGAUAUUGUAACGUAUAAUUUUGCCUCCACAGCAUCGAGUAAUCUCCUGGUAAUUGAAUGUGGAGAUGAGACAAGAAAUAGAUGGAAAUUACAUCAUAGAUUAUGCUCGAUAAUAGAUCAGAAUGGCGAUAAAAAGAUUAUCUUGAUUACUCAGAAGGGUGACAUCCUGACUGAGGCAUUCUACGAUUAUUUUCGUAGAACAAUGAAAUAUAAAGAGAUUCAAGAUGAAAAUAGUAGUGCUGUAAAGGAAGUACGUUUAUAAGAAUUUUUUACCUACCUACCUAGGUAAUUUGUGGCAAACUUAAUGCGUAUUUAUUAGUUUUGUAUACAUGUCUCCAAAAAAUUAAAAAAAUGGUUGAUUUUU